AUGUCAAACGUCAAUGGUACUCCCGCUAAUGGGGAUGGCCACCUCCCAUACGACGAACGUGAUGAAGACUAUCAAGAGUUCGAAGAGUAUGACGAGGUCACCAAGCCCACCACCCGCCCUUUCUACAAGCGCCGCAAGUACUGGUACUUCUGCGCCGUUAUGACCGUCCUGACUAUUGCCAUCGGAGUGCCUCUGGCCCUCUUUGUUAUCCUGCCUAAGAUUGCCCAACUUAUCCUCAACAACUCAACCAUGUCCUUCAAGGCUAUCCAGAUCACCAAUCCUACCAACACUUCCGUCCAAAUGUCCAUGGACGGUGACCUCGGUCACACUGGACCCUUCUCUGCCACCAUCGAGUUCCCUGAGCCCAUUAGGGUCUUUUACGGUGAGACUGAGCUUGGAGACAUGACUCUGCCUCCUACCAAGGCCAGCGGUGGCAGCGGUAAAUUGGUUGCUGACGCUAAAUUCAACAUUAAGGACGAGGGUGCCUUUGGCUCCUUCUCUGCUGACAUGAUGAACAAGGAUAGCUUUGUCUGGACCCUCAAGUCCAAGGUGACCAUCAAGGCCCUUGGCCGCACUGUCAGCGACCUUAACCUUAACAAGGACCUCGUGCUUAACGGUAUGGGUGGCUUCCCCGGUGUCCAGAUUCUCAAGUUCGACUUGCCUUCGGAUGCUGCUGAUGGCCAGGGUAUCAACCUGGUCAUCGACACUGCCAUGAACAACCCUUCGCCCAUCGGCAUCACCCUUGGAACCAUCGUCCUCGACAUCGGCUUCAACGGCACUGCCCUUGGUCAGGUCCGCGCUACCGGUGCCUCUCUCAUGGGCAACUCCCAGUCCAUCCUCAACCUCACUGGUAUCAUGACUCCUCAGACCACCCCCGAGGGCCUUGCCACCGUCAGCGCGCUCUUCUCGGCCUACAUUGCUGGCGGCACUUCCGUUACCACCGCCAAGGGUGUUUCCGUCUUGCCCGAUGGUGUCAACGAGGUUGGCUGGCUCUCGGCCGGUCUCAAGUCCAUGGCCCUCAACGUCCCUCUCGUUGCUCCCGCGGGUCUCAACAUUAUCCAAUCCAUCACCCUCGGUCCCAUGGGCAUGAACUGGACCAACGCCGAUGCCUAUGCUCCCCUUGCUAACUCCCCUGGUGUCGUCGCCGGCUUCCAGAUGCCCUUCGGCUUCUCGCUCAACGUCACCCAAGUCCAGAACAGCAUGACCGUCAUCUACAACAACAAGGAUAUGGCCACCCUCAACGCCCUCGAGUGGGGCGCAGCCGUCACAACCAAGGAUGCUAACGGCACUGCCAUCAACUUUGCCCUGCCUCCUACUCCCUUCGCCAUUGCCGCCGAUUCCCAUGCUGACUUUGAUGACUUUGUCACCAAGUUGACCGUUGGAGUCAGCCAGCCCUUCACCGUCAGGGGUACAGCUGGCACCGUUGCCACUACCCCCAUUGGAGAGGUCCGCAUCAUCGGCAUUCCCUUCAAGUCUGACGUCGCCUUGUCUGGUCUUCAAGGUCUCAAGACCGAACCCACUGUCAUCAACAGUUUGACCGUUAUCGGUGGUACCCCAACUGGUCUUCAAAUUGCCCUUAACUUGACCAUGGUCAACCCCUCCCAGCUUUCUAUCGACACCGGUGUCGGCGAGAACUCCCCUGUUACGUUUGCCAUGCAGUACGAGGGCGACAACGUAGGAACUGUCAUCUUCCCCGCGUUGAACUUGGUUCCUGGUGUCAACCUCCGCACUGCUGGCGCUAUCUUCACCCCCACCGGCACUCCUGGUGGCGAGGCUCUCUUGCAAAAGUACAUGUCCAACCAAGCUGCUACCGUUGACAUUUUCGGCUCCUCCUCGUCCUCUGCUAUCGCCCCCUUGGCCGCUGGUUUGGCGAGUGUACAGUUGCAGUCCAACAUGCCCGGCAAUCCCGCUCAGCUCCUCUUGGGCACCGCCUUGACUAUCCUCGACAAUACCGGCGAGACCGGCAUUGCCAUGGCUACCGUCACUGUCAACAACCCCUUCGUCCCCGGCCUGACAAUCAAGUCCAUCAAGUCGACUGUCACCUACAACGGCCGCACCCUCGGAUCUAUUGACCUGCCUUCCGUCACCAUCAGCGUUGCCGGUAUGAGCCAGCAGGCAUCUCAGCCCCUGCCCUUGUCCAUGGACCUCAGCCUCGACUCUCUUAUGGCCCUCAUGGUCGACCAGGCUGCCGUCAACAACCUCAACGCUGAGCCCAUCAAGGCUUUGACUCAAAUGGCCAAGGACCCCACCGUCAAGAUCCCCUCAUCUGUCUUUACCGGAUUCAACUUGCCCAACUUUGUCAAGGCUGCCAUGGCUGGCCUCAAGGUCGAUGUUGCCAUGUCUGUCACUGUCUUGGUCGGUGAAUACGAGACCUCGCUCACUCUCACCCAGCCUGGCGUCCCCACCUCCACCGAUGACACCAUCUUGAAGCUUCUCCCCAUUGUCGGUCGCCCCAUUGCUCAGUCUAUUGUCGACUUGGCCACCUUGGCCUUUGACAGCGUCAUGAUCAACAGCCCCGCCGAGACUGACUUCACCACCAACAUCAACGGUCUCAUUGGCAACACUGGCCCCUUCGAUGCCGAGAUCACCUUCCCCAGCGGCUCCACCGUCUCCUGGAUCAACGGUGGCGAGUCUUCCCCCAUCGGCCAGAUUGCCAUGCCCCAGGUCUCUGCCAAGGCCGAUGUCGGUGCCAAGCUUGCCUUGACCAACGUUCCUUUCCAUGUCGCCAGCUCUGCUAACAUGGGUGCCUUUGUCGGCUACUCCUUGAAGGCUGAGGCCUUUGACUGGGAGGUUGUUGCUUCGAACAUGACUGUCAUUGCCAUGGGUGCCCCCAUCCCCGGUAUCAACAUGAAGAAGAAGGUUAGCCUCAAGGGUUUCAACGGCCUCAAGGACUUGGUCAUUGAGAAGUACGAUCUUCCCUCGAAUGACCCCAACGGUAUCCACCUUGUCCUCACCGCUAAGCUCACCAACCCCUCCAACGUCGGUAUCGACAUGGGCACUGUCCAGUUCUCCAACGAGUUCCAGGGCCAGGAUAUCGGAUAUGUCGGAACUUCUGGCCUCAAGUUGCUCCCCUCGGGCCAGACCCCUAUCGCCAUGGAGGGUACUUUGACCAAGCAGACCUCCGAGGCCGGUCUCAAGGCUCUCGGUGACAUGUUCCGCUUGGCCCUUAACGGUGGUACUCCCAACUUGAUCGUCAAGGGAACGUCUGUCACCCCCGCCAGCGGCCCUGUCUCCUGGUUGGACUCUGCCUUCAAGACCUUGACCAUGAACGUUACCCUCCCCAGUCUUGGCAAGCAGGACAUCAUCACUGGCAUUACCCUUAAGACUAUGUCCUUGGACUUCACCGGCCCCAACCCUUAUAGCGUCAUGACCUCGUCCGACAACAUCGAGGCCUCGUUCAAGAUCCCCUUCUCGUUCCCUCUCAGCAUCACCAAGGUCGCCGAGGACAUAAACAUUCAGCUCCCCCAGGGCAGCAACGUCGCUAACCUCAAGCUUCCUUUGGGAGAUGCCCAGACCAUUGCCCCUGGUCUCUUGAAGACUGCCUACUCCAACCAGCCCUUGAACGUCAAUGAUGACUCGCACGAGAUCUUCAACAAGUUCUCUACAAUCUUGACCACCGGUCCCGGAGUUCAGUUCUUCUUGUCUGGAACCGCUGACACUGUUGCCGAGACCGCUGCCGGUGCUGUCACCAUCCCCGGUGUUGCUGUCAAUGUUGCCUCAACCAUGGCUGGUAUGAACCUGAAUGUUGGAGGUGCCUCGAUCACUGACAUCAAGAUUGUUGGCGGUACAUCGGAGUACCUCGUGAUCAACCAGAACGUCGUCCUCCAGAACCCCUCUGGCCUGACCGUCAAGGUUGGUGAUGUUGCCUUCAACAUUGGCUACGCCGGUAACAAAAUGGGUCGCGCUGUUGUCAACGACAUGAUCCUCUCCCCCGGUGCCAACACCCUCCCCGCUGUCUUCCACUUGGCACCCUCCAACGAGCACGUUCGCGAUGGUUUCUUGACUGGUUUCAUCGCUGGCGCUUCAUUCACUCUCGAUGUUGCCGGUGCUGCUGAUUCGACCAAGGUUGAAUCCUUGAAGGAAGCCAUGGCCUCGGUCAAGAUGGCCUCGACCAUCAAGGGUAUCUCCGACAAGUUGAUCCCCGUCGGCAGCGGUGCCCAGCCCAACAUCUUGGACAUGUUGCAGAUGACUGAGCCUCGUAAGACCCCUGUCCAGGUCAUGAUCUACAACCCCUUCGAUACUCCUCUGUUUAUCAAGAGGAUGAAGGCCACCAACUACUGGCAGGGCAAGUACUUUGGUGAGCUCGACGAAGAAGUCAACCUGACUGUUCCCCCCAAGUCAACUGUCCUCUCGCCCACCGUCACCAUGUCCUCGCCUGCCGGUUUCGGCUUCAUGAGUACACUCCUCCCUUUCAUGACGAAAUACCCCCAGAUGAUUCUCGGUAUCGCCGCUGAUGUCCCCUUCGAAGUCCAGUCGACCAUCACCACCUACGUUGGAGGCCAGAGCGGAUACCUUGGUAACGUCGGAUACAACCAAACCGAAACCAUCAUCAAGGUCCAGAUCGGAGGCAAGGCCCCCGCCGGUGCUCUGCCUGCCGGUCUCGCUGGCCUCGUCCACGCCGAUACCAAUAACUCGACCUCGACUGCUCUUCCCUCGCCCACAGCCACCGCCACCACGAGCGAUGCCUCGACCUCGACUGCCACUGCCUCUGCCACCGACUCAGCCUCGCCUUCUCCCACCAUCGCCACCACUGGUGCUGCUACCGAGCCCAUUGUCAAGCGCCAGGUCCAGACUCUUGAGGACGGCCCCGGUUCAGAGGAUCCCGCUGUGGUUGAGGCCUGGAUCAAGGCUGUGGUCAACAAGUUGGCUGUCGAUCAGGGUCUCCCCGCCUACUACUAA